GAACAAUCCUCGAGGAAGCAGAGUCUGUCAGUCUCAUCCCUCCAACAGCACAAGCUGCUGCUUUUGUUCUGGAGUCGGAUGUUCUCGUAGCUCUCAAGAAGAAAUAAGAUAUUCUGCACUUUAUCCAGAGCUGAAGACAGGAUGAAGAGGCUUCUAGUUGAAAUUCUCUGCAUCGCUGUAGUUGGGCUCUGUGCUGCUGAUUCUCCCCCGCUGAGGGAGGAAACGCUGAAAAAGCUGUCUGCAGCUGGAGAGCAGUAUGUUGAUGAGGAGAUAAAGCAAACUUUACUGGGAGUGAAGCAGAUGAAGGAAAUGAUGGAGAAGAAAGAAGAGAAGCACAGACACCUGAUGGACGCCCUGAGACACAGCAGUGACAAGAAGAAGGGGGUGAUGCAGCUGGCCAAGGAAACAAAGCAGAAACUCGACGAAGCUGAGCAGAAAUGUCGAGAUUUAACCAAAUCCUCCUUUGGGAAAUGUCGACCUUGUGUGGAAGAGUCCUGUAAGGCCUUCUACACGUCUACAUGUCGCCGUGGCUUUGCUUCGUUUUCAUUUAAGGUGGAGGAGUUCUUUAGGAAAAUGGCCACCCAGUUGGAAGCUUCAGAGCAUGUUUACAAUCAAAACCAGGAGAAUCCAGACAGGACCUCCUCAGCUGAGAUCACAGAGGAUAAAUCAAAUCUGGAUCUGCUGCAGGCCGAAACAUCGUUCAGCCAGCUGCUGUCAAACAUCAGCCUCCUGUACGACCACAGCGUCACCGUGAUCCAGAAGAUGCAGCAGGUGUUCGGCCGUUCCUUUCAAGCCUCCUUCACCUCAGAGCUCCAGCCCGGCCUGCUGUCAGCCGUGCAGGGGGAACCCAGCGCCGGCUUCCUCAGGACCGUGGGUUUGGAUCACAUCUUUGACUCCGUGUUUGACUUUGGAAAGAACGUGGCGGAGAAAUUCAGCUCCUCGAUAGCUGAUGUGUUUGAGGAGAUACAUGAAGCUGAGGAGUAUCUGCAGCAAGAUACAGGUUCGCUUUCUGCUUGGGGAGAAUCUCCAGGUGGAUAUCUGUGCAGACAACUAAGGAGACAAGCAUCAGAGUGCUGGCAGCUCCAAAACCUGUGUGAAACAUGCAAGGACUAUCUGCUGAAAGAGUGUCCCAGUGUGCAGCCGUUGCACUCUGAGAUGGAGGAGAUGAACAUGUUGCUGAACGCCUCCCGUCAGCAGUACGACGACAGACUGCAGCUGGUCCAGAGACACACAGCCGACACUCAGAAGUGGCUCAGCAGCAUGGAGGACAAGUUCGGCUGGAUCAGCCAGCUGUCCAGCAGCACAGUGGAGCCAAAAAGCAUCUUCAGCGUGAUCUCGGUGAAUCCACAGCAGCGGAUGAGGAAUAACAAACCUAAAGCAGAGAGCACUGUGGUCGUCUCCAUACUGGACUCGACCCCAAUAACCGUACUGGUCCCAGCAGAUCUGGAGGUGGAUGAUCCAGCUUUCAUCCAGUUUGUCGCUCAGGAGGCUCUGACCCUCCAUAAACGGCAGAUUAAAGGUAACGAUCCCACCAGUGAGACGCUUUAGUGCAUCGUUCAACUCCCAGCUUCACCUCACAGAGCUCCAAAUUGAACUGGAGCAGAUGAAGUGUUAGAACUUAAAACCGCUUUACACCCAGAUGAUUGCACUUUAUUUAAAGACACAAUGUUGAAUUUGGACGGUUUGUUACGCUCUAAGAUUAUGAACUGACUGAGAAACUGUGAUGGCAGUUGACUCAACACCUAAAUGGAUCUAUUCGAAAAUAAUUUGUGACCAAGAUCAUAUUCAUUCUUGCUAACUUGCUUGUUAAUCUAGUCAAUCUUCUCUACACCUUUAUCACUUUAAACUGAAACUGUUCUAUGAUUCUUUUCAACACAGGAAUGGAAUAAUAUAAUCUUCUGAUCAUCCUCACUGUACCUCCAGAUGCUGAAUAAAGAGUCUGGUUCAUUCCAGUCUUCUUGAACAACUAAGCUUUACCUUUUUAAAACUUGAAAAUGACCACGUAGACCUCUAAACCUUCACAUGCACAGCUUAUGUUCUUCUUGUUUUGCAUAUAUCGAUUAUUAUAGUUUUGAAAUGUAUCUGCAAUAAAACUAUGUACAUCGCUCAAGUCA